AUGCCCUACCUUUGUUUGUUACAAGAUGGUAAUGAGAGCCUGCCGCGUCUGAUGGAGAAAGCACAGCAAAGCGGCUACGCAGUUGUAGCGGCUCCCAUAAACGCUACUGAAAUACCUUUGGAAUUUCAAGAACCGCCAAUGUGUGACCGGCAAACGGAGUUCACGUACUCUGAUCUCAUCUUCCCUUCAGAUCAAUGGAAUGGAAAAGUUAUAAGCAUGUUAUCGGAUACCAUCGAUUGCGAGGCCGAGGAUCCAGUGGUGCGUCGCAAUGCAGAAGAGGUAUUGAAACGAGACAUUUCGUGGGCAGAACAUUUACAAUAUGGUGGUUAUACAAUGCUACAACUAAAAUCUGAAAGGAAUCUCAAUAUGGCACGCAUUGCGUCGUGUACUGUGAAGGGAUUGCUGCUUGUACAAGUACCGUUAUAUAAUUCAAAGGUGGCACAAUCUACCUGGCGACGUGACAUUGACGAGGAACAACUGGAACACAUUGAACAGCAAGACACCUGGCAUUGGUGGAACAGCUUCCGGUGGGCAGCCGAUUUCAAUCCAAAAAUAAAAUUGGCCCUCGAGUUGAGUGAAAGUGAUCGGCCAUCAUUGGAAGUGGUGCGCCGUUGGAUAGGUGAGCCAGUGGAGGCAAUUAUAAUACCCUCCACAAUGUUUAUUUGCAAUCGCCAAAACUACCCAGUGCUCCCAAAAACUUGGCAGGAAAUUUUGUCGUAUUUUACGCGUGCACGCGUAAACAUAAUAAUCUCUUCUGAUGUAAAUGAUGUCAGUCUUAAACUCUAUGCAGAGUAUAUGCUCCGGUUCAUGGAAACUCAUGGUGAUUUUCACGAGCUACAAGCUUUUGAAGAUGUUCUGGAGGAGCCGCUACAACCCCUAUAUGACAAUCUGGACUGUUAUACCUAUGAGGUAUUCGAAAAAGAUCCUGCAAAAUAUAAGCUAUAUCAGGAGGCCAUUGAGCAAGCUUUGCUGGAUCGUGUUCCCGAAAAGGAAAAUAAGAAUACAUUGACCGUAAUAAUGGUACUGGGGGCCGGUCGUGGCCCACUUGUACGUUCGGCGCUUAAUGCCGGAGAAAAUACUGGUCGGAAAGUUCGCGUAUAUAUUAUUGAAAAGAAUCCCAAUGCUAUACGUACACUGAAUGCAAUUGCUAAAAAGUUAUGGAAUAAUAAAGAUGUACACAUUUUCUCCAAGGAUAUGCGAGAAUUCUCACCACCUGAACCUGCCGACAUUCUAGUUUCCGAGUUAUUGGGCUCAUUUGGCGAUAACGAACUUUCACCAGAGUGCUUGGACUGCGCACAAAAGUUACUAAAACCUGAUGGCAUAAGUAUUCCCUGUAAAUCUACCUCUUAUAUCAACCCGAUUAUGUCUUCAAAGCUGCUGAACGGCGUGCGGCAAGUGAUGCGGCACGAGACAUUCGGUCGCCAGAAACAGGCCACGUAUCAUACACAUGCUGAAAGCGGAUUUGUUGUGUUACUCAAAAAUAUUUACAAUAUUGGUUUGCCACAACCUUUGUUCGAAUUUGUUCAUCCCAAUCCCCAACAGCCAAUCGACAACAGCCGCUAUAAAGCGUUGAGUUUCGAUGUAGAAAUGGAUUGUGUACUCACCGGUAUAGCAGGGUACUUUGACACUGUACUUUAUAAGGAUAUUAAGCUGAGCAUUAAUCCGCAAACGCACACGCCAGGCAUGUUCUCUUGGUUUCCGAUGUAUUUUCCCUUUGCGGAUCCUAUGGAUGUAAAAAAAGGGCAAACUAUUGAAAUUCAUUUUUGGCGUUGCGUUACAAAGCAGAAAAUCUGGUAUGAAUGGUGCUUGGCUUCGCCGUUCCGCACCCACAUACACAAUCAUGGCGGACGUUCAUGCCCAAUAUACUGUACGUAAACUGAUAAGUUGGUGCGUGUAGUUUCUAUAUAUUACUAUUCUAAGCAAUAUCUAAUUAGAAUUACAUUAUUAACACGCUGUGCUACUUGACAAAUUUAAAAUAAUAAUUUGUAGUUUUUAUGUUCCAAGACGAUUAAAGAAUUGUAUGUACAUAAGCAAUGUAUAUAAUAUUUCGUAUUGUAAAGUCAACGGGUUUAAAGAUGACAAGUGUGUCAAUUUGGGUGUUAAUUAAGCAGUAUUUCCCAUUAAUAGCUUAAUUAUUUACGUUUAAAUGGUUGGCUAUUUAUAGUGUCGAUAUCCACACAUUUUUUUAUGUUUAUGUUUAAUUUGUUUAAGCUCUAUUUGGUAACUUUUUGUCGAAGGCUUUUUAGAAGUCUUGCAGUAAA